UAUUAUGGAUUUCAUUGAUUAGAAUUUCUGUGGUUCACUGAUAUCAGUUGUUUAUCUAUCGUUGUCCGCGCGGUACAAAAUACUUACAGUAAUUUCUAGAAUCUUAAAACGAUAGAAAAAGGUGUAAUAUAAUUUAAAAUAAAGCAAGACAAGUGUAAUAAUCAGAAAUUACGCUCAAGAUAUUAUAGCGUGAUAACUCAACAUCUCUACGAUAUGGAGUUGCAAGAUAUUCAAUACAAUAUGCUUGAAAAGUUAUUUGCUAAUUUAUCCAUUCAAGAUGAAGCUGAUAGGCGUCAGAGACAAAAAGGAUUUCAAAGGUUUGUUGAAGCUAAUUUACAGACUUGGCAACCACCUGUCGCUGCUACUAAUACCAGAAAAAAUAAACCAAAUGAGAAUGUUAUUAGAUAUCAAGGAUCCCAAAAAACAGCACAAAAUCAAAAUGCAAUUAAAGCCAGUCUCUCCAAAAAAACUUAUCCUGAAUAUACCAAGCUUGUGGUGAAACAAAACUUAUUAGGCCUAUACAAAAACACAAACAUCAAUAACUUUGUUAAACGUAUGCAAUUAUCAAAGUAUUCCACUGAAUUUAAUGACAUAAGAGCAAAUUUUCCUCCAUCCCUGACUAUUUUACAAAUCCAGAAAGUCGUUAAUCCCUUUACGAGAAAAUCGUUUGAACUGACCCGCCAAUUGAAGUACGGCAAUAUAGAACCACUGCAGUUGUACCAUGGUACUAAGAUGAAGAACCUGUCCAGCAUUUGUAGGAAUAAUUUCGACUGGAGACUGAGUGGAAGCGAGACAGGUCACAGAAUAGGGCACGGUGUGAAUUUCACGUCCAAAGCAAAAUUUGCUGUGAAUUUCUGUGAUAAAUCGUUCGAAAAAGUAAUGAUUUUGGCGGAGGUUCUUGUAAGGCGUGAAAUUUUGGGUAACCAGGAUUUAUCUGUUCCUCCAGAUGGUUUCGAUACUGCUGUUAGAGUAAAACCCAAACAUAAAUGCUAUGUUAAGUUUAAUGACAGUGAAUUUUAUCCAGCAUAUAUCAUUUAUUUUUAUUAAAAAUUUAUUAUUUCGUUUUUUUUAUGAUACAUAACUAUAUUUUUGUUCUGUUAUGUAUCAAUAUACUUUUAUUAAAAUAUGUUAUAUAUUUUAUUAUGUUAAAAUAUUUUCUGUUUUUUUUUUUAAUUUUUUAUGUUAAAUGAGUUCAGUAUCAUUAUUUUAAUAUUAUUAUGUUUUGUAUGAUCUGUUUAUUUAUUGCUGUAUAAUGUAUAAUGACAAUAUUACAAUAAAUCUAUAAAAAAU